UUAUUUACAGUAUUGUAUUAUAUCUGCUGCGGCUGCCAUAGACCGUAGUGGUCUUCGUGGGCCAUCAUGUAGAACACUUGGCUCGGAUUGCAUUUCUUGUUGUCACCACUUAUUUGUAUUCUUUCAAAGGUAAAAUUAUCUCUGGUUCUUCACCGUGGCAUGCAGAGGUAUGAAAGAAGUGGAGACAUAGCUCCAUCCAUUCUUAGCCUAACCAUUGGAUAUAUUCUUCCUCUGUACUCAUAGCUCCGUUUGAUGCCAUUUGCCUAUAGUUGCUUGUGAGUCAUCUUCGUAUGAGACUCUUUGAUUCCUUCCUUUAUAAAAAUCGCCAUUUUACUGGCCUCGGCGCGAAAACGGUGAUGAGCGUGUAGCGGCCAUGAGAGUUCUGGUAGUGAUGCUGCACAAAAGUAUGGAUUUUUGGUGCAUUAAUUGCGUUUAUUGCUAAAGAAAUGUAUAUAGGAAAUGCCAAAGAAGGACAGAAUACAUAAUGAUUACCAUGAAAUAUGGAGGGUAAUGCAAGAUAAACUUCCAUACAAAUAAUAUGGUACAGAAAGAGGAAGUAGGCAUAUUGUAUACCAAUAUGGAAUUUGUGGAUGGGUGGACAUUGGCCCAGACUCUGGGUGAAGGUGCUUAUGGAGAAGUGAAGCUGUUGAUAAAUCGAAGUUCAGGUGAGGCUGUAGCAAUGAAAGUGAUAGACUUGGAGAAACAUCCGGAUGCACGAACCAGCAUCCGUAAGGAGGUGUGCAUUCAUAGGAUGUUGACUGAUCCUCAAAUUGUACGGUAUUAUGGUCAACGCCGCGAGGGCAGUGUGGAGUACAUUUUCCUUGAGUACGCGGCAGGAGGAGAGCUCUUCGAUCGAAUAGAGCCCGAUUGUGGUAUGGCAAGCUGGGAAGCUCAGAAGUAUUUCAAGCAACUAAUUUCAGGAGUGGAGUACCUUCAUUGUUGUGGGGUUGCACAUCGUGACCUGAAGCCAGAGAAUCUGUUGUUGGAUGAUCAUGAUAAUCUUAAGAUCAGUGACUUUGGAAUGGCUACAGUAUUCAGGUUGAAUGGAAAGGAGCGGACAUUGGAAAAGCGUUGUGGCACGCUGCCAUAUGUUGCCCCAGAAGUGUUGAUGCGGCCAUACCACGCUGAACCAGCAGAUGUGUGGUCUUGCGGUAUUAUUCUGGUGGCGAUGUUGGCCGGAGAAUUACCAUGGGACCAGCCAACUGGAGAAUGUAAAGAGUACAUGGUUUGGAAGGAUGGUAAGGCGGUACAUCAGACUCCAUGGAGUAAGUUGGACCAUUUGGCAUUGUCCCUAGUGCGGAAGAUCCUUGUUCCUUUACCCUCUGGCCGCUCAAACAUAAAGCAGAUACAGGCUCACCGCUGGUGUAAGAAGUAUUUUGAUAAAUUAGGAUCACCAAACAGGGACACGUUUUCACCAAGAGAUGGGCAUCGUAACAAGCGGGUGUGCUCUGGCGCCGAACUGUCUUCAAUCUCUCCUCCUGGUGCAGCAUCUGAUGGUUUUGCCUUGGAUGACUCGAUGGCCAGAUUAUGCAGAUCUCAGCCAGAACCAAGAUUAGAGCAGCCCAGUGUACCAGUUUCCAGUGUUGCUGCUGCUAUGCUAGAAGAAAAGGUGUCCUCGUUCUCGCAGCCGGCAUAUCUCGAUGACAUGCUCCUGAACUCCCAGCUUCACACGACUCAGCCUUCUACUCAACCAUCCAGUCAGAACACCUUCCAGAAACUGGUGCGGCGGAUGACUCGUUUCUUUGUGCGUACAAGCUAUGAGGAAACAGUUGAACUAAUGUGCAAAAUGCUUGAUAGGUUGAGCUAUUCAUGGAAAAUUGCAGCCAAAGUGUUAACAAUCACAACAGUAGACAAACGCAAUAUGAGGCUGGUUUUCAAAGCAGCUGUUCUUGAUAUGGAUGGCAAGACAUUGCUGGAUUUUCGAUUGUCAAAAGGAUGUGGUUUAGAGUUUAAGCGCCAUUUUGUUAGCAUCAAACAGAAUUUGGAAGACAUUGUGUUAAAAGGGCCAGUCUCAUGGCCAAUUGCAAUGGCUACCAAUAAUGUUCCUUAAUCUGUGAUUUAAUCUGUGUGUGAACUGUCAUGUGGAUUAAAAUUGUAAAAAAGACACGUACCAUUAUUAUCAGUGUUGAAUCAUGUUAACAAAAUGUAAUUGUUCUGUAAUAUCUUAUUUUUAUCAUAUAUGUGGAUUCAUUGUGAUACUCAGACUUACUUUAUGUUUAAAUUUAGAGAAAGCAUUUAACUCGUGAACCAUAUUUUCAUGUGGCUGUUACCAAUUACGGUGAAUUUGCCGUGUGUUUCGCUGUUACAGGAGUCGUGAGCACUGAAAUGAAUUGUUGCUGUCAUUGCAGCUUAUGUUGACCCACAUAUAUUUAUAGGCCUCUGUAAAUGUACAUUUUAUAGUGGGGGAGAAGUAAGGUGUUUUGAUCAAGUUUUCAAGUUCAUGUCCAAGCUUAUGGUAGCUUGUAAUUGACAGUAUUAUUAAAAUGGAACUAAGUCCAGAUUUACAGCUGUUAA